AUAUCAGAUUAAAACAGGUGAUGUUCUCAUGUGUGCUUUGCCCAUAGGCGGCUUGCGACCAAGUAUCUCACACAGACCACAAUAGGUGGACAUUUCCCUGAUGCAUCGAGACGUCUUAAUAACCGCGGCAACCUCUGCAUCUGCUAUAGUGACCGGGGUUGUAGGCCGCACCUGCAUAUGAAUCAGAACGCGUGCGGGGUGCGGUUGUACUGGGGCCUACGUCAUACUUUCCGUCCGUUCACAGGACAACGCACCCCACCACGCGCAUUGCUUUCCUAGCCGUCCUAAACUAACGCCGUCGCCUCAUCUGUUGCCCACCACCAUACAAAGCCCGCUUCUUCCGCCUCUCAGCCUCCCACACCAACGGUCUACUGUCGCAAAACCCCUCCCACAUUAUCAACAUGACUGGACAAUCUCCCGAACUGCAUUCACCGAGCUCGCAUCCUGAGCGACCUAAGGGUAUCCUCAAAAACUCUAGCUCGUACCGCGCCGACUCCCAAACGUCCCCCACUAGCGAGCUUCCGCCGGCCGCAAGCCCCAUAUCCGAGCGGCCGCAGCUGGGUCGCGAGUUGUCAGAGAAGGAAAUUGUAUUGGAAAACACGCUGCGCAAUGCUGGCGCUCACCGAAGAUCCUCGUCGAACCCGCGCGGCAUCGGUUCCCGACGCCAGUCGGGCAUUGACCCCGCGGACGAGACUAGCCCGCAGCUCAAGUGGGACGAGGCCAACCUUUACCUGAAUGAGCAGAACCGCGAUAGCACCAUGAAGAUUGAUGAGCCCAAGACACCAUACGCCAAGCAGUACGAUCCCACCGAGGACGAAGAAGAGGUCGAAAUGCUCAACGCCGAAGAGCUCAAGGUGGACGAGCUGGACAAGCCAAAGCGGAAACCUAAGAUUGAGGAUAUACCCGAGUUUGACUUGGGACAGCCGGAGCUGCAGGCACGACACUCGCAGACGCCCGAGAGCGAGAAGAGGGUCAUGGUUGAAGAGGGCAUGGAUACAGAUGAAGGCUACCACGGCGAGCUCCUCCCCAACGCCACCCAGGAGGAGAGGGAGAAGCAUCGCAAGUUUGAAGAGUUGCGCAAGAAGCACUAUGAAAUGAAGAACGUCAAGGAUCUGCUUGGUCACCCGGAAGAUGACGAAGAUGAGGAAAUGCCGACACGACCCAAUGCUCAAUAGAUGGAUUUUCCUGUGCUAUGGGCAUCCAACUACAGCGGUAGCCAAGGUCGAUCCCGAGAGUACGUACGAAGCUCGCCCAGCGGCGUUGCACGAAUUGAUUUUGGCGGCAUUAAGGUGGAGUUUUCGGAUUUCCGGCGCUAUAAUCAAGGCCGC